AUGGACUCAACCAUUGCAAUUACCCAGCGCCUUAACAGGCUGGACAUUGCAGCCGACGCCCCCUCUCGGCCCGGAACUACAGACGGCCUCAAUGACGCGUCAGCUUCCAAUGGCUCUUCUCUGCCCACUACUACCACCGCCGGCAUCACCAGUCCCAACACCGCCAACGAUGUCGACAUGAACGACGAUCUAAUCACUGCGACCAGCAAUUUGUCACUCCAGGACAGGCCGCGCGACCCCCAGAGCCGCCGCCACCAUGCCGAGUGGCCUCGCGUCGACAACAGGAAUUGGCGCCGUACCAUCCCCAACGACGUCCAUCACAGGCAGGGGCAAGCAUCCCGCAGCCCCCGAGCCUCCCCCUCUCGCGCUCGCGAUCGCGCCUCCCGCCGGGUCCGUGAGGAGCCCAACAGACUUUUCAGACAACACGCCCAGAUCGAAAGCCGCCAGAGCAUUCGGUCCCGACAAAACGCCCACAACACUCAUGCGCAGUCAAGCAGCAGAGUGGCAACGGCAAGGGAGCAACAUCAUCGCAACCUGUUCAUCAGCGAGCUGAGGAUUCAGCGGCAGUUCAGGAUUGUGUCGGCUAUUGCUGCUAGUGCUAGCUACUGA